AUGUCGGGUGGCCCAACAACAAAUCGUCCGUUGGCGAAAACUUAUUGUGAAUCAUGUCGAAAACUUUUUACACCACGAGAUCCAAUGCAAAUCUAUCAAGAUAGAUAUUAUCAUCCACAAUGUUUUUGUUGUUCGCAAUGCGGCAAUUCACUAGCUGGAAAACCAUUCUAUCCAAAACCAAAUAAUCAAUUUCAAUGUGAAUCGUGUAAUAAUGCACUUGCUCCUAUUUGCAUUAUGUGUAAUCAAAAGAUUCCAUCGGGUACAACAGCUAAACGAUAUAAAGAUCGUCAUUUUCAUGGUGAUUGUUUCCGAUGUUGCAAAUGUAUUGCAGUUAUUCCUGAUGGUCACAAUUUCGUCGAUAUGUUAGAUGGACGAUUUCAAUGUUUAACAUGUUCGAAGCAUGUCACUGGCAUGUAUCAAGGCAAAGAACAUGCGCCUUGUUUAGAAAAUACCUAUGGCGAAAUAACUAUGGUACAAUGCGAUCAAGCAGGUCGUAUACCCAUAUGUGACAAAUGUACACGACCUGUACCAAGUGAAGAAGAAGCGUUUAAACAUGAUACACGUUAUUAUCAUCUUGAUUGUGCUCAUUGUAAUCGAUGCCGUAAGAAACUUUUAAGAAUACCAUGUAGAAAACUUGGCUCUGCUUUGGUAUGUCAUACAUGCUCAUAA